AUGCUUCUUCUGUUGCUGCUGCUACAAAGCAAGGACAACUACCUGGUAAAGCUAUUCAGAACCCCAAGGAACAGUGCAAGGUCAUCUUCACUCAAGAAGGACUUUGAAGAAGAGGAUCAAGAGAGAGUCAUUGAAGAGUUUUGUUUACUGCUGAAUGAUGAUGAGAUUGUUGCUGCUGAGGCUCCUGGAGUCCAGAUUGAUCAACCAGAAGUGCACCUACUGUGGCCAUUCACACUUCACCAGUUGAGCUCGCACAACAAGCUCGAUCGGCAGCUCGAUCGAGUCAACUCUAGCUCGAUCGAGUCCGACCUCCUGUCAAACCGAUUUUGCUUGAUCCUUACCAACCGGUUGCCCUUCCUCGUCUCGCCUACUUAG